AUUACACCCAACAGCGCAAACUUAUGAUAUGUAUGUGAUAUAUUCACAAACACCCCUUUAUGUGCAUUUACCAACAAUUAUUAAUAGGUUAACGAAGGAUUCGCCGACGUUUUCCCGGCUGCUGUAGUAAACUCUUCAUAGUUCAGUCAGUUGUUGUGGUUAAGAACCAGGGUUUUUCACUAUAGACUGUGCUUUUUACUGGGUCAUCGGGUUCAAAUAUGGACCCAAAACACAAAGAACUGCUCCGAUCUCAGCGGCUUUUUCUGGUCGAGGAGCUUUUAGUGGACGACAUGAUCAUACAGUAUUUAUACCAGGAGGAGAUCUUAACGGAGAGUCAUUUAGAGGAGAUUCAGUCUGAGUCGUCUAAUAGGAAAAAAACGCUAAAGCUGCUGGAUAUUCUGCCCACGCGGGGUUCGCGCGCCUUCCAUCACUUUAUUCAGUCAUUAGAGAAAGAUUUUCCCUGGAUCAAAGACAAAUUACUGCGACUGUGUGCUGAAGACAAAGAGUCUCCUCCUCCUCUGUCCUUCACAGUUCAGUGUGGUGUUCCUGACCACAUCCUUCCGACUGUUCCAACCACGCAGCAUCUGAACCGCUUGGCCGCUCUUCUCAGUUCAGAGUGGAAGUCUGUGCUGCUGGAUCUGGGCCUGUCCUCUGCGGAUCUGUACCGGUGCUGCGUCGACCACCCCCACGCGGUUCAGAGUCAGGUGCUCGCUGGGCUGGUGGUGUGGACGCAGAGGAACGGAAGAGAAGCCACAGUGCGGCGACUGCUCCAGAGCCUGCAGGCCACAGACAUCCUGCCAUCUGUCCUCCAACAGGUGUUUGUGUGACAUAACAAGUCGUGUUUUUCUGAACUUCAUACUGCUCUUGAGCUGUGGAAAACACAUGACAGACACCGGAGGAAGACAAAACAGAGUAUCCUUCUGUGACUUUUUGUAUUCAGUUACAGGAAUGUACUGAAACUCCAUCAUUCAUAAUGAAAAAUUAUGAAAUUGAUCAUGUCAUACUGUUUUUUCUAUAUAUGCCUUUUAAUAUUCAAAUAAUUUUUCUUUAAUUAUGCUUCCGAAAUAUCUUUUGUAUUGCCGUUAAAUUUGUCAAUUUUUGUUUGAUUUGCCACAGAAAUUACCCUUAAUUACACCUAUUUUUGUAAUGCAGAUAUUGCCUUGCUACUGCCAGUGGUGAACUAAGUCAGAUUUUUCUGUAUUUGCACAAUAAUUUCAUGUUUAUUCAUGAGAAAAACACUGUUUUAUAAUGUUUUGGUAUACACUGUUUCCUGUCCCAGAUAACAUGUGUCCUUGAUGAGGUGAGAUGAGUUAAGACGCUUUAUGCAAUCUUUAUUUGAAACUAUUUACCAGCUGCUUGCUGAUAAUGUGAUGUUCUUAGUGGGGUCAUACUUUUCAUUUCUCAUUCAUAAACAAGCUGUUCUGCCCACUGAUUCCACCCAGUAAUAACACUCUGAAACGCCCAGAUGGGAUUUAUGUUCUCAGACUACCAAUUCUUUUUUCAUACUUUUAAAACACUUUCUAUGCUUUUCAUGGUAACACUUUAGUAUAGGGACCAAUUCUCACUAUUUAUUAGCAUGCAUAUUGGCUGUUUAUUAGUACUUAUAAAACACGUAUUCUGCAUGACCGUAUUCUACAUCCCUAGUCCUACCCAAUACCUAAAUUUAACAACUACCUUAUUACUAAGCAGCAAAUUAGGAGUUUACUAGGGCAAAAGUGGUAGUUAAUGGUUGUUAAUAUUUGUUGUUAAAAUAAAGUGUGACCCAGUUCAGUAAGUAAAAGUUAUACGUGCUCAACUGCAUGUAUAAUAAUUAUAUACAAGAAUUGAGACAUAUGAAGAAAAAAAAAAGACAUUUUGUAUGACACAUGUUUGUUGAGAUACUGUCUUCAGCAUAAUCUCAGGCUACUAUAUCUGGUCUGCUCUCUUUUUUUCUCUCCAUCUGUCACUUGCUGUUUUUAUUCAGUGCUGUUUACUCGAAGCGUAAUCAAUAUUUACAGAUCAGGUGUUUGUUAUAUGACACAGGUCAUUUCCUAAUCUCUCACUUAUUAAUCAGAGAGUGUUUGUGUGUGUGUGUGUGUGUGUGUGUGUGCGUGCGUAAUACAUGCCAUCAUUCGUAAACAUUUGUACGCAGUUGUCAGUUUCUCCUGUGAUUACCCGCUCCCUCCGCGUUUGUUAUUGUCACGUUUUUGUUUUCAGCUUUGUCUCCCAGAUGCCAUGUUAUGAGACUUUGAAUGCUUUCCUAGAAUCUGAGUGUGAAAGAGCUUACGUUGAUGUAUAAUUGACUUACCUAGUUAAAUAUAAAUGGCCAUCAACAGCCCCAUUGUCCCUGAGGUGAUCCAAUAAUGUCAUGUCUAAGAAAUCACAGACAACUUUUUGUGGUAUUAAACUAAUGGUUUGUGAUGAAUGUUCAUCUUUUGAUUAGAAACAUUGAUAAAGUA